CAACACAUCACAAAGACUUUCUCAAACAAAACCAGACGGUUGUCUAGUCUUCCAACCUUCCCCAUAUUCCUAUUCCUAUUCCUAUUAUAUCAAAAACAAUAAAUAAAUAACACUUCUUCUUCUUUAUAUAUAUAUAUAUAUAUAUAUAUUUUUUUUUUUUUCUCUUCCCCUCUUUUUUCACCCUUCAACACUAAAUUAGAGACGACCCACUUUCCUUGCAGAUCUUUUUCCAGGGAAAAGUUUGGAUUUUUUGAUCGUUUUGUGAUAAGAGUUAGAUGUUGAGUGAUAGACGGAAAAGUUGAGGUGGGGUUGGAUUAUAUGGAUAGUCUUUGUUGCUUCAGCUCUUUCAGUCAGGUGGUUGGAGGGCGUUCUUCAUGUAACUCUGGCAAAGGCAAGAGCAGUCAGUCCUCAGUCAAGUAUGGCUAUAGCCUAGUUAAAGGGAAAGCAAACCACCCGAUGGAGGACUAUCACGUAGCAAAAUUUGUCCAGUUCGAAGGGCGAGAGCUUGGGCUUUUUGCUAUAUAUGAUGGACACCUGGGUGACAGUGUACCAGCCUAUUUACAAAAGCAUCUGUUUUCUAACAUCUUGAAGGACGAGGACUUCUGGAAUGAUCCAUUCAUGUCCAUUUCUAAUGCAUAUGAGACAACAGAUCAGGCAAUUCUUUCUCACAGUCCUGAUUUGGGGCGAGGAGGAUCAACUGCAGUAACUGCAAUUCUCAUAAAUAAUCAGAAAUUAUGGGUAGCCAAUGUUGGAGAUUCACGAGCUGUUGUUUCAAGGGGAGGGGUGGCUGGACAGAUGUCAACUGAUCAUGAACCCAAUACUGAGCGGGGCAGCAUUGAGACCAGAGGUGGCUUUGUCUCAAACAUGCCAGGAGAUGUUGCAAGAGUGAAUGGGCAGCUAGCAGUUUCUCGAGCUUUCGGAGACAAAAACCUCAAAACGCACUUGCGAUCUGAUCCUGACAUUCAGUAUACUGACAUUACCCCAGAUGUUGAGCUUUUGAUACUUGCUAGUGAUGGUCUAUGGAAGGUAAUGGCAAACCAAGAAGCUGUUGAUGUUGCAAGAAGGAUAAAGGAUCCACAAAAGGCAGCGAAACAACUAGCCACUGAGGCAUUGAACAGAGACAGUAAGGAUGAUAUUUCCUGCAUUGUAGUUCGUUUCAAGGGUUGAAAAAGGGAACAUACAUACUCUCUAAAUUCAGGGUAUAUAUAUUCUACAUAUCAAGAUGCAAUUCCAUACUCAUGAAAUCCAUUAUCAUUUUGGAAUUUCCUGCAAAAAUAGGUUUUGUCCCAUCCCUUCAUAUGUAAAAAUAUAAAAUUUAAGUUCUUGAAUUUAGGCCGUGCCGUUUAGUAUUUAUUGAUUUCCUCGUUGUGUAGAAUCAUACCAUCAUAAUUUUUCUUUCAAAUAUGCAUUGUUAUGUCAUGGAGCAGUGUGAAGAAGAUGGCAGCAGUUUAUACAUUGAACAUGGGAUUUGUGCAUUUGUUUUAAACUGAGUGUAUGCUAUAGUUGAAAAUGACCCUAGCUUGAGUUUGCUUGAUCUGGCUACAAUUCAAGCGAGUAUAGCAAUUGUUUGAGACAUAAAAUUGUUAUUUUGCUCCCAUUUUCCAUUUUUUCUCCUCUUUUUUGAGGGGUAUAUUUGAAAGCUCUAUCAAUUCAAUUGUUCAAAGUA